GUCCAAUUGCUAAUGCUCAUACAGAAGAAACACGGGCCACUCACAUUUUCUGGUUCCAAUGUACAACUACAGGAAAGCCAAAACAAAACUAGUUGGAGUCUUGUACGCAUGCACGCACUUUUAAAAGCUUUCGUGGAAGCACAUUCACCGGAGUUUGCUUUUUCAGCCGUAAUAGCUAAAUCAUGAACGCCACAGCGUCGGCAACAGCAGCUAAUAGCAGCUUUUACUCACAGACACAGUGCAGACUUUCCUCGGAUAUUCGAGGAUCCAUUCCUUUCUCAAAAAUGAAACGUUUUCUGUUCUUCAAUGACGUUCAUCCACGGAAUUCUCCGUUGGUUCUAGUCCCCAGGGCCGCUGAUCCCAAUACAGGCAAGGACAGCAACGUGGGAGACGAUGAGGUACAAAAGCAGCAGCGUGUGAUGCAACAACCACCCAUGUCCCUUAGCCUGGAUGACGUCAACCCUGUGGGUCUGGGUCGAAAAUCGCGGCAGUUAUUCGACGAAGUUUGGAGAAAGUUCUCGGGAUUGGGUCAGAUUUCUAGGACAAUCCGCUCCGAUGAUCAGGAGGCUCUCGAUGCCCUUCUCGUUCGCGAAGGUCCCAUGUGCGAGUUCGCAAUCCCUGGCGCUCAGAAUACUACUGUACUCGUUGUUGGUGCCACUAGCCGCAUCGGUCGCAUCGUUGUUCGAAAACUCAUGCUCAGGGGUUACACCGUAAAGGCUUUGGUAAGGAAGGCAGAUCAAGAGGUGGUAGACCUGCUUCCAAGGUCAGUAGAGAUAGUUAUUGGAGAUGUUGGUGAUCCCACCACUGUCAAAGCUGCCGUAGAAGGUUGCAACAAAAUAAUAUAUUGUGCCACUGCACGCUCUGCUAUCACUGGGGAUCUCUUCCGGGUUGAUCAUCGAGGAGUUUAUAAUCUAACCAAAGCAUUUCAGGAUCACAAUAACAAAUUGGCACAAUCACGGGCUGGGAAAAGCAGCAAAAGUAAGCUCUUGAUUGCCAAAUUCAAAUCUGAAUCUUCAUUGCAUGGAUGGGAAGUUCGUCAAGGAACUUACUUCCAAGAUGUACUUGCCACAAAAUAUGAUGGAGGUAUGGAUGCCAAAUUUGAGUUCACCGAGAAUGGAGAUGCUGUUUUUUCAGGGUAUGUAUUCAGUAAAGGUGGCUACGUGGAACUAUCAAAAAAACUUUCCCUACCAUUAGGUUAUACUCUUGACAGGUAUGAGGGUCUGGUUCUCUCUGUUGGUGGCAAUGGAAGAUCUUACGUAUUGAUUGUGGAAGCUGGUCCUUCAGCAGAUCCAAGUCAGAGUAGAUUAUAUUUUGCAAGAAUUAGUACAAAAGUGGGAUUUUGUAGGGUUAGAGUACCAUUUUCGUCGUUCCGUCCAGUGAAACCCGAUGAUCCAUUGUUAGAUCCUUUUCUUGUACAUACUUUGACAAUACGCUUUGAGCCUAGAAGACAGAAGCCUGUUGAAGUAAAUGCAACAACGAAACAGGAUUUAAGAAGCUUUAAGCUUAUAUUGGAAUAUAUUAAAGCCUUGCCUACUGGGCAAGAAACUGAUUUUGUCUUAGUUUCAUGUUCUGGACUAGGAAUUGAGCCUUCCAGACGCGACCAGGUUCUUAAAGCGAAGAGGGCUGGUGAAGACUCCCUAAGAAGAUCUGGCCUCGGAUACACAAUAGUUCGUCCUGGUCCAUUGCAGGAAGAACCUGGAGGGCAGCGUGCCCUAAUAUUUGAUCAAGGAAACAGAAUAUCUCAGGGCAUCAGCUGUGCUGAUGUAGCUGAUAUAUGUGUAAAGGCACUGCAUGAUACAACUGCAAGAAACAAAAGUUUUGAUGUAUGUUACGAGUAUAUUGCUGAAGAUGGAAGGGAGCUUUAUGAGCUGGUUGCACACUUGCCCGACAAAGCAAAUAACUACUUGACACCAGCACUUUCCGUCUUAGAGAAGAAUACUUGAUGAUCCCUUGUUCAGACAAAUACUUUGCAGAAGUAAGAUUUCAUAAAUUUGCUACCUAUGUUCUUCUGCUUCUACAUGACUUCCCUGAUUUAUUAAAGUAACUAUUUUUUCUGUAUAUAUAUUCUUGUAUAACCCAAAACAACGAGUUGAGAAAUUAAAUAUAUCUAUAAAUUCUAAUGUAA